GAUGCUGCCCCGGAGCACGGCGUGCACGUGGUCGAGGAGGGCCCCGCCUGGGGAGAGGUCGUCGAGGAGCUCAACAGCGCCGAGGAGGUGCUGGCGACCUGGAAGGAGACGCGCGCUGCCGUCGCUGAGGAGCGCAAGAAGCGCGGCCUCCCACCACCUCUGGCACCAGACGUGAAGAAAUUCUCGUCGCGUGUCCGGUGCUGGGCCUGCCGUCAAGUGGGUCACUUCAGUGAGGAGUGCCCCAGGAAGCCCAAGGGAGCUGGCAUGGAGGACGCCAGACCGCGUGGACCACCCGGCCAGAGGUUCGGGACCCACUUCGUCGAGAGCUUCUACGCCGCAGAUGAGGAGGCCAAGGCAGACGCGUGGGAGGAAAUAGAGGACAUCUUGGCGGCCUGGGACUACCGGAGGCUGCACGAGCACCAGACGGAGGACCACUUCAAGCGCCUCAGGGAGGAGAUCGAGGACGAUGACGAGCAGCUGGAGACGCUCCUGGUGCACUCGCCGGGAUCGGGCAUCAUCGACCCAGGUCUGCCGCUGGAGCUCGUGAAGGACCACCGGGCGGUGACUUUCAAGGGGUUCAGCGGUGAGGAGCAGCACUCCAUCGGGAUCUGCACCAUCCCGUGGACCAUCGGCGAGCACGUGGAGCCCAUCGAGGUGUACGUGGUUCCAGGAGGCGCUGGGCUUUUGUUGAGCAAGCCGCUUCUGAAGAAGAUGGGAUGCCUGCUCGACACGGAGAACGAUCAGCUCAUCAUCACGACUCUGGGGGCUCGGGUGCAGUUGCAGACGACGAAGGGUGGCCACUACGAGGCAGUUGGGGAGGAAGUGACAGUCAUCAUGGAGGUCUUCUCUCCGCCGAGGCUGACCACGAGGGCAGCUGAAUUCGGGUUCGUGGACGUCGGCGCCUACGACCUGGAGACGGGCUGGGACGCUCGCCAGCGCGAGCACGUGGAGCAGCUGUUCCGCGACCUGGAGGAGAAGGACCCGUUCGUUGUCGUGCUGACGCCGCCCUGUGGGAAGUUGUCGCCGCUUCAAGGGCUCACGCCAGAUGAGAAGCGGAGGCGCCCAGAGAAGUUCAAGGAGGAGCAGGCGGAGGCCAUCUCGUUCAUCGUGUUGUGCUUGGAGAUUGCGACGUGGCAGGUAAUGCGGGGCAGACAUUACAUUUUCGAGCAGUCCAGGGCAAGUUCAGCAUCGGGGUUGCCGGAGAUGGUCCACUUCUUGGCGGAAGCUGCGGCAUGUAGGUUCGGCAAGGGCGAUCUGGCGUCAGGAUUGCCUCUGGCCAAGCGUUGGCGCUUCAUGUCGGACAUGCCCGAGGUAGCGAAGGCGGUGGAUCGCGAGUACCUCGGGGGUCACGAGCAUCAGGAGGUCAUCGACAGUGCGGCGGGCGUCAAGCGGUCGGUGUGGUCCCAGAUCUACCCGGACCAGCUCGUGAAGGCCCUCGUUCGUGGUGCUAGUGGGUCGUACGUGCAGGAGGUGAUGAAGGUGCCAAUCUGCGACGUUUGCAUGUCAACCUCGGUCACGCCCACGGUCCCGACCAUGCUGAGGCAUCUUAGGCAUGCCAACGCGACCGAGGAGACUCUGAAGAUGGCGUCGGAGUUCAGGUGCGAUAAAUGCGAGGCGAAGGCUGAACCGAAGCCAGUUCGACCGGCCGCUCCUGACAUCGCGCAGCCACCCCUUCGGUCCAUCGGCAUGGACGUGAAGGAGCUUCCAGGGUGGCUGCCACACCAGACAAUCAAGGCGCUGAACAUUGUCUGUGACACGUCGUCGCUGCAGUCCAUGACGCCAUUGAAUGAGGACGACGAGGAGGUGGCGAGUGACUUGCUCCGAAUGUACCGCGACAACUGGACGAGACCCUACAUGCGACCGAAGUGGCUUCGACUGGAUCCGGCAAAGCCCCACAUCUCCCAGGUGUUCACCAGCGCCAUGGAGCGGGACGGCACCACCAUCCUGGACACGGCCGGAGGCGCCAAGGAGCAGAACGAGAAGGUGGAGCGGCACGGCCAGUGGUUCGCCCAGAUGUUGCGCGCCGUGAUCGCGGAGGUCCAGCCGCAGGACCGCGGAGAGUGGCGGGAGUGCGUGGCCCAGGUGUUGAGCUACAACGACCAGCGCGCCACCCGAGCGGCCCUGGACGCGAGGGCUCACUACAAGUGGAUGCCAGGCGUGUGCAUGGGUGCGGUGCGUGGCAACUACUGGGUCGCCGUGCCGGGAUGCGUUCUGAAGGCGUCGCCGGAGCAGUUGAGGCUGGCCAACUCCGAGGAGCGCGCGGCGUGGCGGCUCGGCGAGGGUUCGCUGCGGUCGCACUCCAUCGACCUGGACAGCGUGAAGGCGCAGUACUACCACGACAUCACUGCCGAGGAGCGCCCGCCGGAAGACGAGGAGGACCUGCUGCAGGAGCCAGCUGCUGAAGGAGAGGCCGAGGCCAGUGACCACGAUGUCGGGGAACCUGGAGCUUCGGAUCGGGUCAAGCAGUCGAAGGUGCAGUUAGCCUUGGCGGUGACGGCGGCCGAGGACAGCGAGGACGACGACGAGAUCUUGGCAUUGGACCAAGAGGAGGUCCUGCUGGCGCGGGGCCGCAAGGAGCUGAAUCGAAAGGAUCCGAAGUGGACGACCAAGAUGGGGCUCGAGAAAAUCGCCAAGGGGUACGCCAAGGAGUACGACAAGCUGAUCAACAAAACCAAGGCGUGGCGUCCGCUCUCGCUGGAGGAGUCGCGCCGGCUGCGAUCGACAAAGGCGGAGCGCAUCCUGAAGCCCCGGCCAGCGCUGACGGAGCGGGAGGACGAGGUCAAGUGCCGCAUGACCAUCCAGGGCUUCAAGGACCCGGAUCUGCUGGAGCUGGUGAGGGCCCGGAGGACUCAGGCACCGACGCAGUCGUCCAACGGCCGAGAACUCGUGCUGCAGACCAUCGCCUCCGCGAAGUUUCCGAUGGCCAUCGGUGACGUAGAGGGUGCCUUCUUGGAGACGGACCAGCUGUGCGAGGUGAUCAACAGCUACGGGCGCAGUGACAAAACGCAGCUCUGGUGGCUGACCUUUAGCAAGUACCUCACCGAGGAGCUGGGCUUCAUGCAACGCCCACUUGACCCAUGCGUCAUGAUGUUCUUCGAAGACAUCGGAGAGACCGUGGACUUCGACUUGGACGACUACCGCGUGAUCGAAGACUCGGGCGCGAAGUGGGUUCAAGCCAUCGCCAAGCCGAAGGCGAAGUUUCCAUACCGGAAGUGGAACGACCAGGAGGGCGAGUUCGUCGGCUCGAAGCUGCAGCAGCUCUCCGACUACAACAUCGUGCAGUCUCAGCGCCAGUACGCCAGUGAGGAGAUGGAGCGAAUGCCCUCGCCAUACCGUCAGAGGUAA